GUUCCCGAAGAAGGGAGAGAGAGGGAGGGGCCAAAAGGGAGGCCUGCGUGGCAGCUGAGGACCGACAGAGCGACUUGCGGGCGAGCUCGCGUCCUUAACCGCUGUGCGGGCGAGGGAGCGCGCGUGCGCGUGAGCAGGAGAACGAGUCGGUCAGUCAGUGCGAGAGCGAAAACGAGUGGGGGUGGGAUUGGCAGCGGGAGCGCGCGAACGAGCACGAGCGGGUCGAAGUUGUGUCCGGGACUCCUUGCUCGCCUGCCCGCCUGAGGCACGGGGCCCGAGAAGCCGGGACACCUCCCUCCCAGAAGCAGCAGCCCGAAGGCUAAUAGUGGCAUGUUACUAUGGAAGGACAACACAAUCAUCCACAUCAUCUAGGGGACCAGAAUAAUCCACUGUGCAAAGUGGCGAGUCAAGAAUACCAGCAUGAUACUCAGCAGAGGCACUUGACAUCAUAUCCAUAUCGCUGCACACUAGCAGACUUUCAGAUAGAGAAAAAGAUUGGACGAGGGCAAUUCAGUGAAGUCUACAAAGCAACUUGUCUUCUGGACAGAAAACCAGUAGCACUGAAGAAAGUGCAGAUAUUUGAAAUGAUGGAUGCCAAGGCUAGACAAGAUUGCAUUAAAGAAAUAGACCUUUUGAAGCAAUUGAACCACCCCAACAUAAUCAAGUAUCUGGAUUCAUUUAUUGAAGACAAUGAACUUAACAUUGUGUUGGAACUGGCAGAUGCAGGUGACCUCUCUCAGAUGAUUAAGUAUUUUAAAAAGCAGAAGCGGCUAAUCCCAGAAAGAACAGUUUGGAAAUACUUUGUGCAGUUGUGCAGUGCAGUUGAACACAUGCAUUCCCGCAGGGUGAUGCACAGAGACAUAAAACCAGCCAAUGUGUUUAUAACAGCUACUGGAGUAGUGAAGCUGGGAGAUCUCGGACUGGGCCGCUUUUUUAGCUCCAAAACCACUGCCGCACAUUCCUUAGUGGGAACACCCUACUAUAUGUCCCCAGAAAGAAUUCAUGAAAAUGGCUAUAACUUUAAAUCGGAUAUCUGGUCUUUGGGGUGUUUAUUAUAUGAGAUGGCAGCUCUUCAGAGUCCCUUCUAUGGUGAUAAAAUGAACUUGUUUUCUCUCUGCCAAAAGAUAGAGCAAUGCGAUUACCCACCUCUUCCAGCUGAACAUUAUUCUGAAAAGUUGCGGGAGCUGGUCAGCAUGUGCAUAUACCCAGAUCCUGAUCAAAGGCCUGACAUUGGUUAUGUGCAUCAGCUAGCAAAACAGAUGCAUGUUUGGACCUCCAGCACUUGAAGAGUCAGCAAAUGUGCUCCAUGAAAAGCCAGCCCAGCUUAGUCUUACUUGAACCUUCUGUCUCAGAAUGAAACCAAGAGGUGCCUCACCAAAGUCAAGCGAGAGAGUUGAGCCUUCAUUGAAAGACGCUUCAUGAUUUCUGCAGGCCACUUGCAGGGUUCUCACAGAGUGGAUAUGCUCUCAGUGAAGGCUGUGAGAUGCUGCUGCAGGUGUGUGUUAUUCUUUUUAAAGCCAAUAACAUGUUACAGACGUAGAUAACUUAAGAUCCUUUCUUAAAACUGUUGUGUGUAAUCUAGGUUAGACUAAAAGCAAGGGUUUCUCACUGUGCAUCUGACACACCCCUUGUAUUUUAACUAAUGUGAAAUAUUGAAAUAAUUCCUUUGUGAAAUCACUUUAUACUAAUGUAAGAAUUUCAGUAGAAUUUGUGUAAUUUUGUAUAACUGCUACUUUGCCUCUUCUGCAAAUGGUUAAUAGCAAAUUCAGUUUCUAGUUCAUUUAUUUUUUAAAAGUAUCUGCCUGGAGUUUUUAUACUUUCCCUUCUUUGCAAAAAUAGAAUAUGGAGAAAGGGGAACACCUCUGAAAGUUUUUUUAAAAAACUGAAACUUUAAAAUGGCUAUUAUGCAUUGCAUUUUAUUUGUUAAUGUGGCUGCAGCUGAGGAAGACUCCAGAAUCUGCCUCACACCAAAGCUUUUUUGUAACGUUCCUUGCCUGUACAGGCAGAGAACUUGUGAGAAUCUCAAUAGCUAUUCUUACACGAAGACCAGUGUUACUGUAAGCAGAAGUUUUGUUGUUUUUUUGGGGGGGGGAUACCUUUUUGUAAAAUCACUGGUACUUCAGCAAGCCCACAAUUACUUUAAAGCAGUGUUUUUAAACAAUGUAGGGGUAUGACAUUGAGCAUGAAAUAAGCAAAGUUAAAGAAAAAAAUCAUUUUAAUUCAAUAUCACAACUCUUCUUUACUGUGAAAACUCAUUUAUAAAUGUGAAUAUUUUAAACAAGCUGAUUUGAAGGAAAUUUGUUAAGGCUAACUUAAAUUUUUCUCACAUAUUUUUAAAUCAGCCAAAUUAAUACACUGUCCCUAGAAAUGCCUAGUAGGAAUAGGGCUGCACUCCACAGUUUCUGAAAUACAAUAUUUAGAGGUGUGACAUCAGAGUUCUUCAAGGACUGGAGUAUGGCCUCUGGGCUGAAGCCUCAAAGGAAAUACUACUUUUUCUAUAGAUAAAUGGCUAAAUGUACUUUCAGUGAGUUUCUGCAGCUCACUUCCUGCCUUUAUAAGGAAAAGGGCAGUGCCAACUGCUAAGCAAUUUUGAAGUAAUCCUCCAAGGUGUUAAUAGCAAUCUGUUUAAUUGCUGUGAAGUUGCAUGUAUUACAAGCCCACAGAGAAGUCCAGUCUAUUGAUCUCUUUAGA